CCGAUUGUUUCAGUUCUAAGAAUCUCGCCCUGCAAGCUCAGAAAAAGAUCCUGAGUAAAAUGGCCACCAAAACCAUGGCUAACAUGCUGAUCGAUGACACAAGCAGCGAAAUCUUCGAUGAGCUGUACAAAGUAACAAAGGAACACACAAGAAAUAAAAAGGAAGCCCAUAAAAUUAUGAAAGACCUGAUUAAAGUGGCAAUAAAAAUCGGGAUCCUCUAUCGAAAUAAUCAGUUCAACCAAGAAGAGCUGGAAAUCGUAGACAAGUUCAGGAAGAAGCUGAACCAAACUGCGAUGACAAUUGUCAGUUUCUACGAGGUAGAAUACACUUUUGACAGGAAUGUUCUUGCAGAACUUCUGAAUGAAUGUAAAGACCUUGUGCACGAACUAGUAGAUCGACACCUGACACCAAGAUCCCACGGGCGCAUCAACCACGUCUUCAAUCACUUUGCGGAUGUGGAAUUUCUAACUGCCCUGUACAGCCUCGACGGGGAUUGUCGGCCAUACCUCAAAAAGAUCUGCGAUGGAAUCAACAAACUACUUGACGAGAAAGUCCUUUGAAACAACGCUCAAAACCAAGAAACCCAACCAAAAACUUCUCUGGAGAACUGGCCACCCUUCAUGAGCCAUGGUGAGCAAGCGAGCUUCCUUCCCAUCAGCCUCCUGCUGCAGUCUCCAGCAGGGGCCAGAAGGUGCUCACCAGGCUCAUGAUGAAGUGGAACACUUCAACCCGAAAGCUAUCAAUUUUAAUGUUGUGUGCAGAUAACUCAGUCUUUUCCGAGGAGCGGAGUGAACAAGGCUGCUGAUAUAUAUUGUUCAGAAACAAGAUUGCUAUACACUAUCCUCUUACUAGCUUUGUGUUCGAGGUUGAACAUGUGAAAAGAAAGUAAAUUCAAAACGCAUGGCUAUGUAGAAAUAGACAGGUGAAGGCAAGAGAGCAACGCAUGGACUCUACCACCCCCAGGCCCUUGGUGCGUCCUGUUUUUCUUAUUUCCACGCUAAACUGAAAAAGCUUAGACAGAAAGUAGGGCUGUAAUGGAUUAAGCUCCCUCAUUUCAAAAGGAUCAGUAAUCAAUGUGAGAAGGCAUCUGAUUUUACACGGUGUUUUAAGUCUAAUAGGGGAAUAACAAGUAAUACAAACCAAGUAGAAGUGGGAGGAAAUUUUAAGAACUGCCCUGUGAAGCAGUAUUUUCAUUACAGAGUUUUGGUUUAUACCCAGUAACAGAGAGAAGGUUUCAUUUUAAUUUUGAAAAGCAGCUCAGUGAUUCAAGCUCAAAAAGUAACCAGAAAACUACAGUACUACAUCAGGUUUGCAUAUUUGGCAACAUCAGACAAGUUUUAAGCUGAAGAUUGUGCUGCUCUUUGUGCUCUUACUGUUGUGCCUGACAGAACAAAAAUAUUCUUUGUGAAGAUUUUUGAAAUUGCACUUGUGAAGACACCAAUGGAUGGACAAAGCAAGGCUUACAUCCCCCUCCCCCCUUCCCCUCAAAAUAUUCAGCCUAGAUAAAACUCUCGGUUUAAUGAUGUUAAUUUGUGCCUACAGUAAAACAGAGGUGUGAUAAAAAAAAAAAAGUAACCCCAGCCACUGUGCUCACAGGGCCUCCAAGUGUAGUACAGCCACAGCAGUCUUGAGAGAGGACAAGAACAGCCUUAGUGACUCUGGGGAGCUUCAGGAAUGAUUUUUUGAUCAGAAUGUUUUCAGUGACUUCUUUUUUCCUUCUUUAAGCAAAAUAUACUGCUGUCUUCAAACUGAAAACAUUUUGCCAAGAAAUAUUGGUUUCUGUAGUUUCGUUUGAAUGAAGGGAGGAUGGGGAGCAGAUACACCAGCUUGCCACAGCAGCAUCCUGCAGCUGGGUAGGUGCUGACUGGCUCUAAUUAAGGGAAUUAUGUUCAUCUCUCCUCUCCGUGCCCCCCACAUCUUGUUCUCCAGACUCACCCCUAGCUACUGACGCCUCAGUAUCAUGUACCAUCCCCUUUUAAUUGACACGGACAGCAAUCCAUCCCAGUAUCUGGAGGGAAGCCCUUCCUUAUCACAUGUAUUAUAAUGCAGAGCUGCGUGUACUUGAAAACUGACAAAAAGACAAGAAAAUACAUUUGAAAGUUGUUCCUCUCUAAGGAAAAAUUUCCAGUGUUGAUCAUUUACUAUUUUAGGGUAAGAAAAGUUUCUGUUUCUCAUUUAAAUACUACGGUAGUAGAGAAAACCGUUCAGAAUUUUACUGUUCUCUCUUUUCUCACUCCAGAAUUAACUCUAUUUUAUCUCUUGCAACAACAAUUUUGACUACCACACCUUCAACACAGCUCAGAGAGCACUCACACCCAAACCAGGUGUUCGCUUGGGCUGUGCUAGAUGCAUUUUUAUUUGUUCCCAGGAGAACUCAUUUUGGAGCCCAGUAGAAAUGGCAGCGCAAGACACAGCAGCAGAGCAGUUUGUAACAACAUAAAUUUUCCCCACCUAUUUCUUUUAACUAUAUAAAAAAAAAAUAGCGUAUUUAGUAGCAAGGAAGAUGGACAAUUCCUUUGCAACACAGCACAGUAACGAAACACCCACAUUUGGGGUUGCAGGUUCAGCCGUUUGCAGAGCCAUAUUUACAUGCACCGUUAGCUGCAUUUUUUCCAAGCACGUACUUGUCAACUGAUGCUUUUGAACAGUAUUUAUUGUACCCAACACUCCUGUCCCAGUGCACAUGUCAGAUUUUGCGUGUUUGUUUUACUUGUGGCAAACAAAUUUGGUUGUUUUUUUUUUUUUAAAGCCAGGAAAAGAGAUUAUUGAACAUUCAAGAUGGGUAAAGGAAAGGAUAAUCCUGUAUCUGUGACUUUCUUUUUGUGUGUUGCAAGUUAUCAAUAUUCAGAUUCUGGUAUUUUAGACACACCAGCUGAACAUCUGUUGUUUUAUUUAUAAAUCUGAGUAGCCUUAAGGAAAGAGAAUGUUUUCAAGUAUUUCUCAUACUUGCAUAUCCUGUAUAUUCAUUGUUUACUUUUGUACUUGUAGCUUGGUAUGUAAUAACAUUGCUAAACUAUGGGCAAUGUUCAGGUCACCUUAAGUAUAUGAUGUAUUAUCAUAUUUGUGGAUUAAAAAAAAAAAUGUGUGAUUACUGCC